AUGCGAUUCAUUUUUCUACUCUUGCUAAUAUUCGCGAGUCUCGUUCAAACUGCCGAUCCCGGUAGGCCGAAAAUCAAGCAGAAUUUGCCGCCGAGGCGCAGAACUCGAAAAGCGAUCGUUCGAGAAUUCUGUUCCGGCACAACAAAUGGAAUAUCUCGCUAUGGAUCUGGCAACAUUCUCGAGGAUCUGGAAAAAAUGUACAAAGGAUGUCAACGUGUCUACGGAAAUCUUGAAAUUACUUGGAUCGAAGCGGACGAGAUAUUGAAAUAUCGAAAUUCGACAAAUGAUUCGAGCCCGUUGAAAACUGUCAAUUUUUUCGAUCAUCUCGAAGAGAUACGUGGAAGUUUGAUAAUUUAUCGCGCCAAUAUUCAAAAAAUCUCAUUUCCAAAACUUCGAGUCAUUUAUGGGGAUGAACUAUUUCAUGGAAACUCAUUGUAUAUACACAAGAAUGCGGCGACGCAUGAAAUUUCGAUGCGAGAAUUGAGAGUAAUACGAAAUGGAAAUGUGACGAUUCAAGAAAAUCCAAAAAUGUGCUAUCUUGGAUUGAAAAUUGACUGGAAUGAGCUUAUUUAUGAUAAAAGCACGCAACAUGUCGAAUCAACAAAUUCGCAUCAUCAUUGUUUCUCGCAAAACGGCACAUCGAUGGUCGAUUGCCAUCCGAAUUGCGGCCAACAUUGCUGGGGAAAAGGAGAAAGUGAUUGUCAAGAAAUUUAUCGUUCUGUUUGCCCGAAAUCUUGUUCACAAUGCUUCUACUCAAACUCGACGAAAGAAUAUGAAUGUUGCGAUAUUUCGUGUCUUGGAGGAUGCACAGGAUCGGGCCCAUCAAAAUGUAUCGCAUGCAAUCGCUUCGAAAUGGACGGAAAAUGUGUCGACGUGUGUCCAACUCGGAAAUCAUUCGACCACAAACGCGGUAGAUUAGUGCCGAAUCCGGAGGGACGAUUCCAGCACGGCAAUCAUUGCGUGAAAGAAUGCCCAAGAGAACUGCUCAUUGAGAAUGAUGUGUGCGUUCGUCAUUGUUCCGAAGGGCACUAUUAUGAUGCAUUGAAGGAUGUGCGGGAAUGCGAGAAAUGCCGAUCAGCGACGUGUCCGAAAAUAUGUACUGUAGAUGCUCCAUUGACGAAGGAAAUAUUGAAAACAUUGACUGGAUGCGAGCAGAUUGAUGGUCAUAUUAUAAUCGAUAAACCAGUCGGAUAUUGCAGUUUCACGUACGACGAUUUGAAAGUGCUCGAGACGAUCAAAAUCGUCAGCGAGUAUAUUGUCAUUGUUCAACAGGAAUUUUUUGAUCUCAAAUUUCUUCGCAAUUUGCAAAUUAUCGAAGGAAGAAAAUUGCACAAUUUGCGUUGGGCGCUCGCAAUUUAUCGAUGUGAUUCUCUAAUGCAAUUAAAUCUUAAUAAUUUGAAAUUGAUCAAGACUGGAGCAGUAAUUAUUGGCGAAAACCACAAAUUGUGCUAUGUCAAUGACAUCGAUUGGUCGUCUAUUGUGGUGAUGCACGAGAAUAAUCGAACUGCCGUUCAAAUAGUCAAAAAUCGAGACAAAAAAUUCUGUGAAAAAAUUGGAGAAGUCUGCAAUCCGAACUGCAAUAGUCGCGGAUGUUGGGGGAAAAGCGCAAGCGAUUGUCUUGAAUGCAAAUCAUGGAACAAUAUGGGAGAAUGUGUAUCGUCGUGUGACAAUAUCGGAUAUUUGCGAAAUCAGACUUCGAUGAAAUGCCAGAAGUGUUCGCCGGAGUGUCGAACUUGCAACGGAAUCGGAGAAUAUGACUGUCUGACUUGUCGACAUUUCACUUUGUACAAUGCCGAUUUUGGAAAUCGAAUGGAAUGCCUCGCACGCUGUCCGAGCGACACCCACUAUUCGCUGCCCAACAACACUUGUGUUCAAUGCGAUCCCGCAUGCUAUAACUACGGAUGUACGGGACCAAAAAAUCAAUUAGGAGAAGGUGGUUGCAAUCAGUGCAAAUACGCUCGAGUUAUAACCAACGACACGAUAACAUGCCUCAUGUCGUCUUCGAUGCUCACAGUCUGCCAUGAAAACAAAUUAUUCGAUCAUUAUAUUUCAACAACGAAAAUUGAAGGCGUUGCUGAAACGCAUUGCGCCAAGUGCGAUCCAGCUUGUUUGAAUUGCACAUCAGCCGGCCGGAGCGUAAUCAGCAAUGAUUGCAUUUGCAAGGAUUACGCAUUCCUAAUUUCUGGGGAAAAGGACCAAGUCUGUUUGGACUAUUGUCCCGUCAACACAUUUCUGAUACGGCCGCGAGAAGAUAACCAAUUCGGAAUUUGCAAAAAGUGCCAUCCUCUGUGUGACCAAAACUACAAUUGCGUCGAUGAUACAUCAUUCGGCUGCACCCGAUGCAAAUAUGUUUUCAUUCAAAAUUUCGAAAACGAAACAAUGGAAUGCCUCGAGAAAUGUCCCGCCGACAAACCAUUCAAAGUGUCUGCAACUGGACAAUGCCUGGAUUACGAUAUCGAUUCGAGACAGAGGAAAACGAGAUAUGUGAUUACCGGAGCGGUAUUCCUUGCAUUCCUGAUAAUGCUCGUCAUAAUUUUGAUAGUUUAUUAUCGUUGUCAGAAGAUUGGAAAGAAACUCAAAAUAGUCGAGUUUGUCGACUUACCCGAACUUGUUCCUAUAAACUCCAACAUUCAACCAAAUAUGAAUCGAAUCACCCUUAUUUCGUCGCCGGAGCUUCAAGUAAUGCAAGAUCGGAAACUCGGACAAGGAGCAUUCGGCACUGUUUAUGCAGGGAUUUACUAUCCGAAAAAGACAAAAAACAUCAAAGUUCCUGUUGCGAUUAAAGUAUUCCAAAUGAACCAAUCGCAAACUGACGAGAUGCUCGAAGAAGCAACCAAUAUGUUUCGAUUGCGACACGACCAUCUUCUGAAGAUCAUUGGAUUCUGCAUGCACGACGAUGGGCUUAAAAUUGUGACAAUCUAUAGGCCGUUAGGAAACCUGCAAACAUUUCUCAAACAACAUCAAAAGCAUCUCGAUGCGAGGGAACAAAUGCUCUACUGCUACCAGAUUGCUUCGGGAAUGAAAUACCUUUUCGAGCAAAGGGUUGUUCAUCGAGAUUUGGCGGCUCGAAACGUGCUCGUCAAAAAUUUCCAACACGUCGAAAUCACCGACUUUGGACUCUCAAAAAUAUUGAAAUACGACUCGGAUUCGAUUGUGAUAAAAACUGGCAAAGUCGCGAUCAAAUGGCUGGCGAUCGAGAUAUUUUCGAAUCACUGUUACACACACGCCAGCGAUGUGUGGGCGUUCGCAGUUACGUGCUGGGAAAUCAUCACAUUUGGAGCUAGUCCCUAUCAAGGAAUGUCGACGGACGCGAUCCAUCAAUUCCUCCGCGAUGGAAAUCGAUUGUCGCAGCCAGCGAAUUGCUCGCCAGAUUUAUACCAAGAAUUAUUGAGAUGUUGGAUGUCGAACCCGGAAUCUCGUCCAACAUUUGAUGUUCUUUACACGAAAUUCCAAGAAUUUUGCAAAGUCCCGAAACUUUAUAUUGAGAAUUCUCAUAAGCCGACCGAAACGGAUACAUCCGCUGAAGAGUUAUUCCAAUCUGAAAGACUUCGCGAAAUUUUUGCUGAUUCAAUUGAUCCACAAGCUUACUUCGAAACUACGAGUAUUCCCGGAUCACCGACAUCAAACGCUACGUUCACAAUUCCGAAUGGAAUAAAUCGAAUGCAAUCGGUUAAUUCCGGAAGAUAUCAAAAGAAUCCAUUUGAUAGUAAGUCACCUCCGGAUUCAGCCAAUUCAUAUCUUGUGCCAAAAGCCAAAGAAGUUGUUCAACAAUCAUCUGUUUUAUACACUCCUGUCGUUCUAAACGAACAAGGACAAACCGAAGUCGAUUCCGGUGCUGAAUACUACAACGAACCAAAAACCUCUUCUGGAUACUACAACGAAACGAAACUCAAUAAAAUCGUUGAAGCAACAGAACCUGAGGAUAUCGAAAAGGAAACAUGCUUGUAA